GCAUCGAUCAUUCAUGGAUGCCGAAUUGCCGCGAUCCGGGCAUCAUUUCGCGCCAGGAGACCCAAGAUCAUCGUGUCGCCCACGCUAUAAAUAGCUAGCUAGCUUGCCUUUAUGUUGCAUAUGCCAACUGCUACAUGCAGGACGUCUGAAACUAUCAUUAGUGACCUGCAGCGCCUGCAGUAUAUAUAUACAAGUAGUAGUGAGCAUGGAGGACGACAAGAAGGAGGCGGCGAGCAAGUACCGCGGCGUACGGAGGCGGCCGUGGGGCAAAUUCGCGGCGGAGAUCCGCGACCCGGAGCGCGGCGGCUCACGCGUCUGGCUUGGCACGUUCGACACCGCCGAGGAGGCCGCGCGAGCGUACGACCGCGCCGCAUUCGCCAUGAAGGGCGCUAUGGCCGUGCUCAACUUCCCAGGCAGGACGAGCAGCACCGGCUCUUCGUCGUCAUCGUCAUCCACGCCGCCAGCUCCGGUGACGACGAGCCGCCACUGCGCCGACACGACGGAGAAGGUGGAGCUUGUGUACCUUGACGACAAGGUGCUCGACGAGCUCCUUGCGGAGGACUACAGCUACCGCAACAACAACAACUACUGAUCCGGCCGUCGAUGAACUGAGACGGAUCGACAUGGGGCCGGUCGUCGGUACGCUCGCUGAAACGAGACCCGGAUUGCUAUCAAUAAGCAAGCAGAAGAAAACCGUCUCCUAUAUAUAGCUUCUUCUGUUGGCACAAGCAUAUAUGGGCAUGCAUGACACAUGCUACUGUGAAUUGACGGGUGUGUGCUGUGUGCAGACUACUAAACCACGCUUGCAAGUUGCACGUACGACGUGGUUGUCAAGAGCAUGCAGUCCACGAAGCAGAGAAAAACACCUGGUUCAUCAGUCUCAUGCAUCACCCAUCAUCUGCUUAGCAGCUAGUGUAUUUAUCAGUCAUGCAUGGGCCGGCAUGAG